AUGCCCCGCUACUAUUUUGAUCCGGCAGCUGGGGAGUGCAAAGUGUUCAUUUAUGGAGGGUGCCUAGGAAAUGAAAACAACUUCAAAACUAUAGAGGCUUGCGAGGCUAAGUGCUCCUGAGAAAGCAGAACGUACUGGUACCGGACAUAAAUUUAGGUAACUAACAAUUUCACUGCGGAACCAUAGAAGAUUUAAGUCUGACAGUGACUAAUUGUUGCCUAUAAGGUCAAAUUAUUCGUUAAACCCAAAAAUUUCCAAUAUUAAUGGUUCUUUCUGACUUAGCAUACCUCUUGCAUAAAGUUAAAUAGUUAAAAACCUGCCGGAAUUAACGUGUAAAAAAUAAAACUCCGCCGGAAAAGUGGUAAUUAAAACCUAAAGUUAUAUAAUAUAGGCAAGGGAGUAGGCAGGGGGGAAGGUGGAAAAAGGCUUUUUCGGUAAGGAGUUAAACUUGGGAACAUUACUUCUCCUCCUUUGUUUUUAAUCUACUGUUUGAUUGUAAAAUCUCAGAAUUAAUCGUUAGCAAAAAUUGCAGUCACCUUGAGACUAAAAAUAAAUUUUCUCGUUCAAAGCAUAACGUUUGCCUCUUCUACAAUAAUAUUCCAGUGAUAACUUUACACUUUAGACAAGAAAGGCUAUUUGGGUCGGCCCUUAAUAUAUUUUCAUGGACAUGGGCCUAUGAACGGUGUGCAUCUUACAUGAAUCUCACAUUAGAAUGGGCUUCGUAAUCUUACGGAAUAAUUCUUUUCUUCAUUUUUACAGGAUACGGCUUUAGCUUAGUCUCAAGAUACAACAGAGUAUCACUGCAAGACACAGCGUAUAUCCUUUCCUUCUUGUCUCAAACAUUUUGGGAAUGAUAAAAGGCUAGCAAUAGGAAUAAGUCAAUAAAAAACAAAUAAAAAUGCAAUCCUUAUUGUAACUUUACUGACUCAAGUUUAGUUGCCAUAGCGAAGUUUCCCACAAUUGCAAAAUGUGCCAUUUAAGUUUCGCUGUUACACAUUUGAAGCUGAUGAAACAUUGCGACGGAAAAGGGGCCAUGUUUUACAGAUGAGAGCCCUCUCUCGGACUUGACAGUAAAAGGUCUAAAUAAUCGUUUAUAUAUCAGCUAUGUCUACGGUUAAGUGGUGAUUAGUAAAAUUAUCAAAAACAUUUUUCUAUAAAAGUGUGAGACACGUUUCAUGUCGUUUCGGAAUUCUUCAACACAUGAUAAGGCAGUCAACUUUCGACAAAGCAUCAGCAAAACCAGUGAUACCGUCGGCGACUGCUUUAGCAUAAGGCUCCCCUGGAGAAUAAGGGCUACUAAUUUCCCAGCCGCAGGACUAACCUUUGCUAUACCACGAAGGACCAUCUUCACAAUAGAUUCUUGCUCUUCUUCGUUCUCUUCCAUUCUUUUCCUUAGUUCGCCAACCAUUUGAGCCCUCGAGGCCAUCAUUUGAGGAACCUCCUCCAGCUUCUUGGCACAUUCGUCGUUUUUCGUCUCGGCGCAAAAAUUUUCUUUUUCUCUUAAAAGGUUGUCGUGUUGAAGAAUAUCCAUCUUCUUUAGGAGUUCAUUUUCCUUUUCUAAAUGCCUUCGUCUUAGUUCCUUCAAGGACUCUUCGAUCUCUCCCUGAGGACGUUCUUUUAUUCGUUCACGAAGCUCUAUUUUUUCCCUUUGGUCUUUGGCGAUCAUUUCUGACAACCUUUCAUCAUCUUCAUAUGUUCCUUGUUUUUCUGUUGCAUUUCCAGUAACCGCUCCUCUAGGACUCAUUCCGGACUCGUUUUGGUGCGCAGUCGCUCCCCUGUCGGAUCGCGCGUGAAUUCGUUCAGAAAGCUUUGAAAUAAAGCUAAAGAGAAAUUAAGGAAAUCUCAACCUUAAUGAUAUUUAUAUACAAUCAGAAUACUAACGUUUAAAAUAAGUACACCUUCUUUGAGAGGUAAUGAUAUAGCACAACGUAUUUCAGUGUCUUAAGACCAAACGCAAAAUAGUAGUACGGUAAUCUGAACAGAGGAGCAUGAAGCUGAUGAGAACUUAGAGUAAGAAUAUGAAAACAGCAUGAAGCGCUAUAAAGAAACGGGUGACCCAGUCGGAUGGGUUUUGGUUUUGAAUCUGAUCGGUUGAGAUUUUGGUGUGGUUCUUUUGGAACAAUUACAGACAGUAGUAUAGCAAGAUCCAUGCAUUUCCAGAAAAUAUUCGACACCUAUUAAAAACUGCUCUUUUGCAAUAUGUAAUCUUACAAAACGUACCAGGAUUUUUGUCCUAGAAGCGAAAUAGAAGUUUUUGGACGCAAGGAAAAAAAAAAACAAACAAAAAAUGCACAAAGCGCGUAUUAUUGGCAACACCUGUAGUAAUGAGACAGUGAAAAGUUUGAUAUAGCAAGGAUACUCGAGACCCUCGAGAUCACGCCUUGAGAGGACACCGCUUGAGUUAUAAAUAAGCACAGAGGCCAAAAGAACGGUUAAAGUAAAUAUCUGAUUAUUCUAAAUUUCGUCCUGAGAUCCACAUACUUUAAGUACAACGGAGCACUCUGCGAGCAACAAGAAGGAGCACCGAUGGGCAGCCCGAUUUCCGCCGUAAUUUCCGAUCUAUACAUGGAAACCUUCGAAGAACAAAUCUUAGCUACCGUCCCAGCACAACGCGGAUAACUUUCUAAGCCACCUCAACCAACAACACCCGACCAUCCGCUUCACCAUGAAACUGAGAGUAACAACAAGAUCGCUUUCCUCGACUCCCUCGUAUCAAGGGAACCAGAUGGUAAACUACUCACAAGUGUAUAUAGAAAACCCCCACACACCGACCAGUACCUCGCCUAUGAUUCGCACCACCCACAAUCUGUUAAACGCGGUAUUGUCAAGUGUUUACAUGAUCGAGCUAAACGCAUCAUUACCAAGCCAUCCAGAACAGCCCAGGAGAAAAAACAUCUAUCCACAGUUCUCGUCGCCAACGGCUACCCUCCGUCCUUCUUACAGGAGGUGACCAAAACCAGGAAUCCAACACCCGAGAGGGAAACAGCAGAAUUCAAGUAUACCGCAGUCUCAGAACCCCUCCGCCGCCACCUACAGCAACAAGGAAUACGCACCGUCUUUAAAUCCGACACAACACUAAGAUCCCGGCUGGUCAGACCAAAAGAUCCCGCUGACCCAAACGAGCAAGAUGGCGUAGUCUAAAAGGUAGCAUGCACAUGCGGCAGAGUCUACAUUGGGGAAACAGGACGACCCAUGCAAGAAAGAAUGAAAGAACACGACAGGGAUAUACGACUCGCACGCAUUCAGAAUUCCGCGGUUUCCGAUCAUGUCAACGGAACCGGACACAAGCCGCUGUGGAACGAAGCCAAACUCUUUGAUGGAGAAAGCCAUUGGUACACAAGGAAAGUGAAAGAGGCAAUUUGCAUAAGACUCAAGCCAGAUAACAUAAACAGGGGUAACGGAGUCGAAAUACCGGAAGCGUAUACCGGUAGCUGGAUGCCUGCUGAAACGACGCGCGAAAAACCAGCGAACGCCUGAGGAAACCGUGGUACGUGGAGAUCUUGUGGAAACAAUAGUCGGAUCGAAAUGCACAGACCAUGCAACAGACCACCAUGAUAUAUAAUGCCGUGCCACAACCAAUCAACCCCAUCGCCUGAAGAAGACUUGCAGUAAGCAGUCGAAACGUUGCGUUCUACAUCAAGUGACCUUGUCGUGAGACCAUUUCUGUGGUCAAGUUUAAAUUUCUGUUACCAUUAGAUAGUCGGUGAUCCCCGAGAAGAUAUGUAAAAGACUGGAAAAUUUAUUCGCGACUUUUCACUCAGACAGCUCUUGCAUUUCAAAUCUAGGUCACGGUAACAAAAUGAAAUCGUUUAGUAUUUACUACACACUUUGGUGCCGGUGAAUGAUUGUUAAACAUCAGAGUAAAAAUAUUAUCAAACGAAAAUGUUUCAUCCUUGCUAAAUAUACAUCAAUUGUAUUUCCAACAGAUUUCUUUCUUUCACUCUCUAGAAAAAUGAAUGACUUAUGGUAUUAGUCAAACACAAUCUUUUGCAAAAAGUAAAAAUGUAACUGAGAAAUAUUCUUACUAUUGUUUUCUAAAGAAAUCAGCCGAUCUUACAUUUUAAAAAAAACUUUUGUAAUCAGGAAAUCUUUAAUUCUGGUUGAAAAUUUUCUGGAAAAGCCAUAAAGAUGUUCUAGAUUUGUCUUUUUUUAAUCCCAAGAGACGAGUGCAGCACAAGAUUCUAAGGAAAUUUAAGAAAUUCGUUUAUUUCAAUUGUUAAACUUGAAUUUCACUAUAUUGUUAAGACCUGUUAAGGGUGUGGUUAACUUUGCCUCAUAACUUCUUUAGAUUAGUUACCUCGUAUAGGUCAUGAAUUCAAAAGAAUUAGAAUGAAAAGGUUUGCAGCUUUAAGCAUUGCUUUAAGUAUAUGAACCUAGUACGGUUAUUAAAAAUAGCGUCCUUGCAUGCCGUGCAUCCCCCAGCAAAUAAGUAGGUACGUGAUGAACCAACCAGAAAGCGUAUAUUAUUAGAUAACUUUUCUGGUUUUUUUUCCUUUCUUCAAAGAUUUUGCUUGUUAAGUAUUACAUAAUGGACAAGAAGACUCUGCUCAUCUUUAUUCUCAUCAGCUCUGGUAAGUAAAAUAAAUUGUUAUCUCCAAAAGAACCAAAGAUUUAUUUGAAUUGAUUCAACUUUUAAUAGAGAUGAAAGGUCGGAUACCAUAAUGUCAAGAAUGAGCUAUCCAUUCACAUCGGUAACUUGGGAUUUUUUAUUACAUUGUUUUUCUAAGAGUAUCAGUUCCAGGUUUUGAAAAAUAAAUCGAGAAAGCCAUCAAGUUACUUCAUAUUUUGACAUCAUCGUUAAACUUUGUUUGCACCUCAACGAACGCUCCAAAAUGUCCCUUUCUUGUGACUCUUUGGGCCACUUGAAAGGGGAGAGUGGAGCCAAUUUAAACCUCUCUAAGAGCCAAAAAAUCGUUGUGAAGCUGAUUUUUCCUCCAGUUUAUCGUUAAGAAAUAAAUUAAUAUGGAUAGAGAACGCUAAUCGUUGAUCAAAGACCUAAAAUAUUUGUAAUGGUAGUAGAGCUGAUUGGAUUCCAUUUCUGUCUGUAAUCGUACGAAUGAUAAACAAAAUCCGACAAGCGCAAGGAGUCCGAUUUGUUAAUCACGAGUAUGAUUACAGACAGAAUUGAAUAACACGAAGUCCUGUUAACAAUUGAUCAAAACUAUGACAAAUUUUUUUGAGAAAGAAGCUAGACAUGGGUUACGUUUUCAUAAAAAAAAAAACAAAAACAAUUGAGAUAGAGAGCGCGCACACGUGACGCGUUCUGUCCACUUACACAGGCAUGACGUGUUAACUGUCUCUUUAACCGACCUAUUACACUUUCCAACUAUAGUGAAAUUUGGAAUAAGUAAGCACGAGUAAAUUUUUCCAAAGACUAACAAAAUUGCACGAGCCCGUGGGGCGAGUGCAAUUUGUGGUCUUUUGGUCUUUCAAAAAAUUUACAAAUGUUCACUCAUUCCAAAUUGCACGAGAAAAACCAUGUGAUAACGUAUUAAUAAUAUACAUGAAAAAAUACGACAUAGUUUAUCAUUAUUACGCAGAAGCAAAGCGCGCGCAUCAAGAAAAAUUAUAACAUAGCUACUAAAUUUGUCUAAUCAAAUUCAAUUGCGCGAGCGUGCUUCAUAUUGCUAUUGUGCACGCUCAUGACGUCAGCAAACAUAUCCCUCAAGAAAAAAUUUUCCAUCGGGUUGAAAAUGUUAUAAAACAAUUGGUUCAUACGUCAGCUGUGCGUUCAUCGAGAUAUGAAGCACGCGGGAAGUUUAGAGAGCACUUAAGACAGCUUCUUGAGUGCUCUCCAAACUUCCCAAGUUUCUCCAAACUUCCCAAAUUUCCUAAAAAUGUUUUCUUCAGUCUUGGUACAAGCCGAGGAUAUCUGUCAUCAGCCAAAGAAAGUUGGUUCAUGCAAAGCAGCAUUUUCCCGCUACUAUUUUAACUCGGCGGUUGGGGAGUGCAAAGAGUUCACUUAUGGAGGGUGUCAAGGAAAUGAAAACAACUUCAAAACUUUGCCUGGCCUGCCAGAAAAAGUGCGACAUCUGCAAGCUACCUGAGGAACCUGGCCUCUGCUUGGGAUACUUCACCCGGUUUUAUUAUGAUUCAAAAGCCGGAGAGUGCAAAGAUUUCAUCUAUGGUGAAUGCGUUGGUAAUGAAAACAACUUCAAAACCUUGAAAGCUUGCAAGAAAAAAUGCGACAAGAAGUGUGACAUCUGCAAGCUGCAAGAUGAAGCUGGUCCGUGUUUUUCAUCCUUUACCCGCUACUAUUAUGACGUGACCACCGGAAAGUGCAGCACGUUCAUCUAUGGCGGCUGCUUUGGCAAUGAAAACAACUUCGAAACUCAAGAGGCUUGCCAACGUAGGUGUGUCACCUGCAAGCUACCAGCAGAAGUGGGCACAUACAGAGCAGCAUGCGCACUUCCCUGCUACUAUUUUGACUCGACGGCUGGCGAAUGA